GGGCCGCAGCCCUCCCCGCCCGCCGCCCGCGGUCACACACUCGGAGCCUCCCCGCGAGCGGGAGCGCGGCGCACGGCGAUGCGCCGAGGCGGGCGCUGAGGCGGCGCCGCGCGAGCUGCAGCAGAGGCGGCGGCGGCCCCCAGCCCAGCCCGGCGCCGCCGCCGAGCCCGGGCCCCAAGGCGCGCCGGCGCCCCAAGUUCCCGCCAUGAGCAGCCGGCUCGGGGGGCUCCGCGGCCCCGGGGACUCCCGCCCCGCCGAGCGCGACCGCUGCGCCCCGCGGCCCCGACGCGCCUAACGCUGCCGCUCGCCGGUCCCGCCGCCGCCGCCGCCCGCGUCCCCGCCGCCUCCUCGGCCGCCGCAGCGCCUCCGGCAGCAUGUCUCGAAGGAAGAUUUCGUCCGAGUCCUUCAGCUCUCUGGGCUCCGACUACCUGGAGACCAGCCCGGAGGAGGAGGGGGAGUGCCCCCUGUCUAAGCUCUGCUGGAACGGCAGCCGGAGCCCGCCCGGGCCGCUGGAGCCCAGCGCGGCCGCCGCCGCCGUCGCCCCGGCCCCGGCUCUCUCCGCCGCCGCCGCCGCCGCCACGGCCGGGGCCAGGAGGGCGCAGCGCCGGAGGCGGGUCAACCUGGACUCGCUGGGCGAGAGCAUCAGCCGCCUGACGGCGCCCUCGCCUCAGACGAUACAGCAGACUCUCAAGAGGACAUUGCAGUAUUAUGAGCAUCAAGUUAUUGGUUAUAGGGAUGCAGAAAAGAAUUUCCACAAUAUCUCAAACAGAUGCUCCUAUGCAGACCAUUCCAACAAAGAGGAAAUUGAAGACGUCUCAGGAAUUCUUCAAUGUACUGCUAAUAUCCUAGGUUUGAAGUUUGAGGAAGUUCAAGAAAGAUUUGGUGAGGAGUUCUUUAACAUAUGCUUUGAUGAGAAUGAGCGAGUCCUUCGAGCUGUAGGUGGCACGUUGCAGGACUUUUUUAAUGGCUUUGAUGCUUUGUUGGAACACAUUAGAACUUCUUUUGGAAAACAGGCCACUUUGGAGUCACCAUCUUUCCUAUGCAAAGAGCUCCCUGAAGGUACUCUCAUGCUCCACUACUUCCACCCCCACCAUGUUGUGGGGUUUGCAAUGCUGGGGAUGAUUAAGGCUGCAGGAAAGAAGAUCUAUCGGCUGGACGUGGAAGUGGAACAGGUUGCAAAUGAGAAGCUGUGCUCUGAUGGUGCAAACCCAGGCAAUUGUAGCUGUCUUACUUUCCUUAUCAGAGAAUGUGAAAAUACUAAUAUCACGAAGAACCUUCUACAGGGAACCUCCCAAGUUCCUGCAGACCUCAGAAUUAGCAUCAACACCUUCUGCAGGGCCUUCCCUUUCCACUUGAUGUUUGACCCCAACAUGUCAGUCCUUCAGCUGGGGGAAGGUCUCAGGAAGCAGCUCCGAUGCGACACUCACAAAGUGCUCAAGUUUGAGGACUGCUUCGAGAUUGUCUCUCCAAAGGUUAAUGCCACCUUUGAAAGGGUCCUGCUGCGACUGUCCACCCCGUUUGUGAUUAGAACAAAGCCUGAGGCUUCUGGCACUGAAAAUAAAGACAAGGUGAUGGAAGUCAAAGGGCAAAUGAUCCAUGUCCCAGAAUCAAAUUCCAUUCUAUUUUUGGGCUCUCCAUGUGUGGACAAGUUGGAUGAACUCAUGGGCCGAGGGCUGCAUCUCUCAGACAUCCCCAUCCAUGAUGCCACCCGAGAUGUCAUUUUGGUGGGCGAGCAGGCCAAGGCCCAGGAUGGCUUGAAGAAGAGGAUGGAUAAACUAAAGGCAACUUUAGAAAGAACUCACCAGGCCCUGGAAGAAGAGAAAAAGAAGACAGUGGAUCUUCUAUAUUCUAUUUUCCCUGGCGAUGUGGCCCAGCAGUUGUGGCAAGGGCAGCAAGUGCAGGCCAGGAAGUUUGAUGAUGUCACCAUGCUCUUUUCAGACAUUGUCGGCUUCACAGCCAUAUGUGCCCAGUGUACUCCCAUGCAAGUGAUCAGCAUGCUAAACGAACUGUACACCAGAUUUGACCACCAGUGUGGAUUUCUGGAUAUCUAUAAGGUGGAAACAAUAGGUGACGCAUACUGUGUUGCAGCAGGACUCCACAGGAAAAGCCUCUGCCAUGCGAAACCCAUUGCUCUGAUGGCCUUGAAGAUGAUGGAACUUUCAGAGGAGGUGCUGACACCUGAUGGAAGACCGAUUCAGAUGAGGAUAGGCAUUCACUCGGGCUCCGUGCUGGCUGGAGUUGUUGGGGUGAGAAUGCCACGUUAUUGCCUGUUUGGAAAUAAUGUCACCCUGGCAAGCAAAUUCGAGUCGGGAAGUCACCCUCGGCGCAUCAAUGUCAGCCCAACCACUUACCAAUUAUUAAAACGAGAAGAAAGUUUCACAUUCAUUCCUCGGUCCCGUGAAGAGCUUCCAGAUAACUUUCCAAAGGAAAUCCCUGGGAUCUGCUAUUUCCUCGAGGUAAGGACUGGGCCAAAGCCGCCAAAGCCUUCUCUUUCUUCAUCAAGAAUAAAGAAAGUUUCCUACAACAUCGGCACCAUGUUCCUCCGGGAGACAAGCCUCUGAGACCUGCUACAGAUCAAAGACUCCUCCAAAAAGCACAAGCCCAGAAGAUGGGUCAGGACAAGAGAGUGGAAAGAGAUCAUUUCUCUUUCAGUGAGUGCUUUGUUGAAAACAAGCGGCGGCGGAAUUUCUGUGUUAUGUCAGGCAAUAAUCAUAGAAAAUGUGGGUGACUGCUGUCAAUAAAAAAAAGCUGGAGCAUGAGGGGAAAUAAGAUGUGUCCAUUCAUGAGAGUGUUUUUGGUCAUAUAUAUCUAUAUAUAUAUUUUAAUUACAAGUAUGGGUCCCCUUUCAAAACUAACCAAGAAAUAGAUUCUGUUUUCUUGUUUGUCACACAUACAAGUAUCUUUCCAUAUAUAUUUGUACCACUUUUGAGAGCCAGUUUUGAUUAUAUAUUCCUACAUCUAGUGAGUUGGUAGGUGAGGAAGAUUUUCUAAUUUUCAUUUUCUGAGCAGACAUUUCAUACAUAUAUCAUGGCAGUGUGGUAAACUUCCCAACCGGAAGAAUUGUAACUCAGCAAAAUAUUUUAGGGAUAUUACCUAUUUUUAUACAUAUCUCUUCUAGAUAAUUACAUUUCACACAACAUUAUUAGAUUUUCCGAAUCUCCUACUAUAUUGUUGAUAUAUUAUAUAAUGCUAACCUGUUAAUCUAAUACAGUUUCACUUAUUUAGGGAUAUUAGUGCUUGGACUGAGAAUAUAUAUAAUCAAGGAUUUCAGAUGCUGAGAAAGCAUUAUAUGUCUGUUUAGUAAAUAUCAUUUAGAUUUAAUUAAUGUAGCAUGGAAUCCAAAGGAAAUAGAAUUUCCUAAUAGCAGAUAUACCUGUAACCAAGAUUAAGGAGAUGUUUCUUUUGCCAUCUUCUAACAAACAUCAGUUAAAAUGAUAUGCUUUGCUACAUUGGACCCUUUUUCAACUUAGAACUUAUAAAUAUAUGUAGUUUUUACAACAUUAACCUGCAUUCUAAUAAGCAGCAUUGUACCAAAUGACAUGUUGGUAGCUCCCCUACCACUUCCCCAAUUCAUGCCUCCUAAAGGCUGACUUACCACUUGGAGAGCAAAUUCCCGGAUACUGGUGUUAGUGACAAAUAGGUCUCGGGACAUGUUGCCAAGAAUGUUGUUUUUUUCUUGUGUAACACAAAAGCAAGGAAAACCCUGUAUUUUGUGGCACUGAGAUUUUUGCUUAAAAAUGUUCUGCAGUUUGAUUGAUGUGGCUUUUAAAUUCAGUGAAUCAUCUUCCUGAAUACUGAACUAGGUUUAACGUUCAGAACUCGUAAUCACUGUAGCUACGGAUAGAUUUCCAUCGCAUGCCCUGCUAAAAUGAAGACCUGUUCCCAUUAAUCAAUACUGCAUGAAAAUAUUAUUAUUGGCUCAUGCUAAAAUUAGGAGCACAGUGUGUCCAGAGUUCUCUUAUUCCAGAUCAGCUAUAAAACCUAAGUUUCUAUUGAGGUUAAUGAGCUGGAAGCAUUUGUUUCCUUGAAACCUUGGAGUGGCCAUUUUCUUACUCAUUGCUAGCUCAUGUCUACUGAAUGCAAUAUAUUUCUUUUCUGUUCAGGGAUUAUGGCUGUAUUAUGAUUUGGUUAUGACAUAACUCAGCUAAGAAGUCUAUUAACUAAUUUCCAAUGUCGUCUGUGAGGCUUAAUUCAUGUUUUUGUGUUCUCGAAGUGUGUGGCUAGAAAACAUUUAAAAUAUGCAAAUAUUUGUUAUAAUCAUGACCCCUUUUAUAAUUUGCUCCUGUUCUCACUCUGGGGUUUAUGAGGAUACUAGUGUAACAGUUUUUAUGUGGAGAAAAGAGAACAUAGACCCUGAGCUCUCUAAACCCCUGCCCGACCCCUCUUCCCUGGGCCUAUGUCUCUGUUUUUAACUACAUGGGGGAGAGAAGGCCAAGAUUUAUAGGAGGCUACAUGUAGGCUGAGGACAGGGUAUUCUCAUGGGAGUAAUAACUCACAAAGAAAUCUCUUCAGGGUGCUGGUUGAUUAACCCACUUCCUCCACAAGGGUCAGUGGGGAGGUUUACAGCUAGUGUGGAAAGCACAGGCUGGGAGCAACUCAGUCCUCAUGGUGAUAUUAGAAAAUGCCUUAGCAAUGUUGAUGGGCUUCUAAUAGCAUGGGACAUGGUGAGAGAACCAAGCUUGCUGAAGUCAUUUCUGCUUAUUCUGUGCAGUAAUGUAGAGCUCAUUAGGAUAUAUUAAAUCAACAAACACUUUGGUGGUAAACAAUGUGUUCUAUAACAUAAACAGAGGGACUUCUAGAAAUCAUGCAAUCUAUUUCUCUGUCUUUUGUAAAGAUUUGUCUAAGCAACUGUUUUAAACACAUGGUUAUUCUCUCUGUACUUAAGAAUAUCUAUGGGAAACAGAUUUUAAAAGCAUCAUUGGAAAUCCACUCCUUUAUUUGGUAAAUUGGUGAUAGGGCUUGAGGGAAGGAUUGUAUAUAUAUGUGUAUAUAUAUAUAUAUAUAUAUAUAUAUAUAUAUAUAUAUAUAUACAUUCAGUUUGUCAGAAGAAUCACAAAAAUCUGUGCUAGUUUAUACAACUUUACUAAGAGAAGUAGCCAUUUACAUUGUCACAAAUGUCACACUGAAUAACAUGACAGAGAUCUCUUAAAUAUCACCAACAGGAAGUAAGCUCUAUUUUUCAUACAGUAUAACCUAAAUGUAUUUUUGAAGCUAUUGUCUGAGGCAGUGGUCUAUUCUAUUAUCAUUUUGCCAACCUAUUACAGUUGAUUAUUAUAGUUACACUGUUGCUGAAUGUGUUUGUAAGGUACUAUAUAAAAUGUCUGUUCAUUCUAGCUGCAGUCACAGAAGUUAGAAGCUGUGAAGAAGCAUUAUAUUUUUAUUUGUCCUGCACAAUGCAGUCCACAUAUUCUCUCUUAAGAACUGGGACUGUAACAAUUUGGUGGCAUUUGGCAUUUCAUUUGACUAAUAUCUAUACAGUAUUCUCACUUACUUACAAAGUAUUGCAUACAGCGUGCAUUGUAGUAUGGCAGUUAAAAGGAAUUUAAAUGAUGUUCCCUUAGAAACCAAGUAGUUGGGGAAAUGGCUUUAACCCACUCUAAAAGGAAUACUUUGAAGUAUAAUUUGGCACCUACAGUUCCUGUAUUUUAAUGUUUUCUCAAGCAACUAAUUUGAAGAAGGCACUUUAUGACUGUCCAUCAGUACCAAAGGUUCACAUUAGCAUCAGGAUCAUUUGGAGGAAAGGAAUGCCAUCACCUGCAAAUAAAUCAGUUAUCUAGCAAAAUCAGAAUCCCCCAAUAUUUACUCAAAAUGUACUGCACAGUAUCUGCUUUGCGAACCUUAAUAAUUAGGUAACAUUGGCCAUGACAAAAAAAAAUAAUAAGAAAAAAAGAAACAUAUUUAGUUGAAUCUCUUGGCUGUGUAAUGUAGGGAAAGGGAAGAAGACAUAGCUUCUAGGUGACAUGGAACCCAACUGUCUAAAACUGCCUCUGUAUUAAUCUCUUAUAUUUCAAAUUAUUUGGGGUUUCCUUUUUAAUGCCCGAUUGUGUGUGGAAUGUGAGCUGUGACAUAUUGUGACUUUGAGACAGACAUCCGUGCCUGAGACUUGAGAGCGGGUCUGUGCAUUCAGCACUUCAAAUGCUAACUCAGUCUCACGCUUCUUCCUCUUGUCCAGUGACGAUGGUACCAAGAUGUAGCGGUUCAUUGUGAAAGUGUGAGAGUGUGUGCCCUUCCAAGAAAAACAGAGCAAAACGGGACCAUAACAACUUAAACAAAAUCUCAUUCUCAAGGGCGGCAAGGCUUUUAAAUCUGCAAACUCCUCCAAAGAGUUCCAGCAAUAACACAAAAUUAAAUUGAUGACUACAAAAGGCAAAGCCAUGGAGAAUUUGAAAACCCCCCAGACUCUGUGCUUUGUACAGAAUCACAUCGCUGCUGAAUGAAAUAGGGUGUCUUAAGUUGUGAUGUAUCAAGAGGGAGCUCAAGAUUAUGACUAUCAUUACAUUUAUUUGUUGAAGAAGGCUCCUUGGGUUCCCGAUUUGCCGAGGGCAGGUGUUGUGGAUGAUUAGGACAGAGAGUAAAACUUCCACAUACAGGUUUCUGUCUUGCCAUGCAUUUUGAGCACGACUUAGCCCACCCUAGACCCUCUGUUCCUCCAUGCUAUCACUAGAAACCCCUGAACCCUGGCCCCAUCAAGCAUCAUUCUCUCUUCUGAGCCCGGCAUAGCCAUGGAAAGGAUUGCUGAUGCCUGAUUCAGGGAGAUAGGAAUGCCCACGCCGGGCCAGGCCCGAGUAACAGUGCACUUCUGAAGUGAACCAACCAUUGUGAGAUGUGCUGGGGCAUUGAUUACAUCUGCAGCUUCUACCUCUGCUCUUUCUUCAACAUACAAUCUAAGUCCAAGUGCUUCAUGCAACUCUACUGAAUGUACUUUGGAAUUAAUCAUACAUGACUCUGGAUAGACUUUGGGUGGCACCAGCUGCCUUUCAGCCAACAAUACCUAGAAACUCAAGUCCAAGAACCAAGCCCCAUAUCAAAGCUUAGUUGUUUUCAUUAUUAGGUUAUAAUUACAGACCUUCAACUACAAAAAUUAUGUCAUUUCAGAGGCUUCUAUAAGCAUGGCUUAUUAGAUAUAGCCCAAAAUCAUGAUACAUGAGAGACUGAAUUAUUAAAUUUUUAGCAUAUUCUAGGCUGAAAAAUGGUUUUGUGGGCAGCUCUUGAUAUGAAUAUACCUAAAUCACAACCAGCUGGUUUAAUAUACACAUAAAUUGUGUUCACAUGAUUGAACAAAAUUUAUUGUUAAACAGGUAAAUUGACACCAGCUGUGGACUCAAUUUCAGGAUCUUCAUGGUAGCAAAUGAAGAGCAGAUACUGAUUUUAUAUGCAGAUUUGCAUAAUCUUACCAGUUUAUAUAUUGAGAUAGUGUGCAAAAUUCCUUCCUCACACUUGAGUCAAACAAUUGAAACUGAAGUAUUACUGUUCUUCCACCUUUCUGUUUCCUUCCUUCCUUUGUUCCUUUUUUCUUUUCUUCUUUCCUUUCAUUGAAAAAAAAAAAAGUCAUUGAUACAUUUAUAACAUGGCAAGAAUCACUGCUAAUCUCAUAUUAAUAGUUUUAUAAAGUGAUGAAUAUUCUUAGUUUUUUUGUGUGUGUGCGUGUAUGUGCUUAUUGAAUGUAGAUGUUACAUGGUUAAAAGGAAUAACCUUUUUGGAAGGACUUGGGAAUGUAGAGAAGUAAAGUUUGUCUCUUUAUUUAUAAUGUGUUGUAACCAGAUCACAGCUUCAGUUAAGCACCUCAUUACCACCUCAUCCUUAUUAAGAAAUGACCUAGUUCAAUGGUUCAACUCAUCUGCUUGUAAGUAACUGGCUGGCUUCCUAAGAAUUACCUAGGGAGUUUUAUGAAUACAAAUCGCUAGGUUAUACCUUCAGAGACUUGGAUUCAGUAGGUAGGGCCUAGGAAUCUGUAUUCAGGAAAUCACUCUGAGUAAUGUUAAUAUGUAGCCAGACUUGGGAAUUAAUUGAAGA